UUCCUCAGCGUCCAGUCACGACCGUCAUUAGUAUUCAUGAGCCAAGCCUUCGUCGUAGUAGUGUGUUGAGAGAAGACAACAAUGCACCCGCUGCUUCGCGAGGUCAGUUUACUCAACAGAGGUUCUGGGAUUUAACUCACUCUCAUCUCUCUGAAAUGAAGCUGGGGACAAAGAGAGACUACUCUUCUGGUGGCUUACUGUAAGUUGUAUUGAUCAGAGAUGUCCAGCACCACUGUGUCCCCCAAAGUCCCCCCCGCCAGCUCUUCAGCGGACCAGCGGACGAUCGUCGUGGGGGCAUUGGGUUGUCUGGUGUUUUUCUUCAUGAUCGUGGUGCUGCUGUUGAUCCUGUACCGAAAGCUUCCGCUCUGCUGCAAAAUGAGGGUUUAUCAGGAAUCUCGUUCUGACGUGGAAUCUCCUCCUCAGUACUACAACAGCAGACAGACUCUAGUUGCUUCGUCUGAUGCUGAGCAAACACAUGACACUGGUCUUGAUCAUGUGGAUGCGCAGUCGGGCUCGUUGUUCCUCAUUGGUGUGCCGAGCAGCUACUACCUUUCCUCACUGGAGCCUCCUCUUCCUCGUCUGCCCUCGUAUGAGAGCGUUCGCAAGAAAGACAGACAGCGGCAGAUCCACAUGAUGAUAGCCGACCGCUUCGGCCUGAACGGACCUGUUGUGACAGAGCCGCCUCCCACAUAUGAGGAGAGCAUCCGUCAGUCUGUUCAGUCCAUUGACGUCCCGUUUGACAUCCUGGCACCCGAGGAGGAGCCGCCACAUGCACCAGUCACAGUCUCUGAGGCCGGCACAGAUUUACCUGCAUAUGAAGAUCUACCUCAAAUCACAGACUCACAAGAUCCCAAUACCACUCUUAAUUAAAGCGUGCUCAUGCACGGGAAGAAUGCGAUCUAUCCUCAGAGGAAAAUGAACAGCUGUUGAGCUGUCGCUGCCCUGAUGAGCGGCCGGCGUGUGCGUGAAUCCACUGUGCUCGCAAAAGACACCAAAAUAGGGUAGGACUUGACCUAUGCAAUAACUUGCACUAGCAAGUAGGAGAAGGAUGCUGCAUCACUACUGGAAGAAAGGGAGAGAAGAACAAGAAUAUGCCAUUUGAAUUAUCUAUUUAAGUUCUAUCUGUUCAAAACGAACAUGAAUCUGCUACUUUAUAGAAUUAUACUGACUAUAGAUAUUUCAGUGACUUUUCCAAGCCUAAAAAUGUAGAAAUUACAUCACAGAAUCUGCAGAAAAACUAAUUUAAGGAGUGGGGAAUGUCGAUUUCAGUUUGAUUAUAAAAAGUGACAUGAGGUAUGAAAACAAAUGUGUUUUUUUUUUUUUUUAGAAUAACAUCCACUUAUCAGUCGUUCACAGUAACACUAGUGGCAUUUAUUAACUUUAAAUAAAUCUAUUCUGAGUUCAUGAUUAAUUAUUUCAGAGAUGGCAGGUUCAUCUCGUACCAAAGGAGCGGCUGGUGUACUGUACUGACCUAUAAGCACAAAAAGGGAUAUUUGAAGCCAUGAUUUGGACAUUACAGGGACAAUUCAUUUUUUAUUGCUGUUUCAUCAUAUGAAAUGCUUUUGUAUGAGAGUAUAUUCUUUUUUCAAAACUAUUUUCUGUAGGUACAACAAAUUUCAUCAUUAUUUUAGGCAGAAUAGGCAGAGAGAAUAGAAAUGAGUUUAAUUCAGUUCAGGUUUUCAGCAAACUGGUGGGAUUUGUUUUCGGUAUAUAUGUGCCUUGUCAAACCAAAUGACAGUUUUGUUUCUCUCUUUUUGAAUGACCAUUUAUGAAUGUGCUCAAUUUUUUCACUGUGAAUAAAGAUGUUAUACAGUUGUGUAACAGAUGUUGUACAGUUUGUAGAAGUAUUACUAGGCUUGGAC